AUGUCGUACUUGCCAACAGGCGCCAAAUUAUGGCUAUUGAAUCUGGGGACCUUGGACAUGGACGCAGCGAACGUGCUGCCGGGGGCAAAUCAAUUCCCAGCCCACCUACCACCGCAGCCGCAUGAGCGACGUGACUUGAUAAUGAUUGCAGCCUUGAUCUUCCAUCCCGAGAUUGGUCUGAUUCUUUUCGACACUGGAUCUUGCGAGAAUGUGAUCGGAAGCUGGGGCGCGAAGGCCAUGGAGUGUGCCCCGAGAAUCUGGAACAAGUCCGUCCACGGUCUGCCCGAGGCCAUCAAAGCCACCGGCGCUGGGCAGAUUGGCGAUGUCAAAGCAGUUGUCUUGAGCCAUCUUCACUGUGACCAUGCAGGGGGGCUGGAGCACUUCUUUGGUACAGAUAUACCCAUUUGGUGCCACGAGGAAGAGUUUAAGAAUGCAUUCUGGACCUUCGCUACCGGGAUCGAGCGUGGCACAUACCUGAGCGAUUAUCUUGAUGUGGGACAGCUCAAUUGGAAGACAUUUUCCGGGCAGACCUUCGACCUCUUCAAAGGAAUUACUAUGCAUCACUGUGCCGGACAUACUGCUGGCUCGGUUGCAAUGGAGCUUAGCCUUGAACAGACAGGCACCGUAGUUCUGACGGGCGACAUGUUCCAUGUCUGGGAAAACUACGAGCAGGGAGUACCACCGGGGAAUUUGACAAGGGACUUCAACGCAUGGCAUCGCAGUCGGGAGUAUAUUCGAAAUCUGGUCUUACGGAAGAAGGCAAAGGUGGUUCUCGGGCACGAGUUGGGCUACUUUAACGCGUUUGGGCCCGGCCCAGUCUCUUGA